CCAUGUUCACAUGAGGACUACUGAUGGCGGGGAAUGCCGAGGAAGGGGUGCAGUGACUGGAAGGGGAGACUAGUGGUAGAAUACUAAGUUCUGGGGAGAGGCCUCUCUUACAGGGUAAGGGAGAAGCCAGGCAGUUCCCCCUUCCCAUUUCCAAGAUGGCGCUGCCUGCUCGGGGCUUCCAGUGAGGAAGCCGGAAGCACCAGGCCCCACACACUGCUCCAUUGUGCACCUGCCUCCCAAGGGGAAUGCAGCCAGCGGUGAGGCGGUGUUGCAACAGAGAUCAACUGCUGGGGGGCGGGAGUGGAGGAGACCUGGUCCCUUCUCUGGGCAGCUCGCGGUAUCAUUGGCUUUUCCAGCUGGUGGGGGCGGGGGGCAGUCACAGGAAAUGGCCCCGGGGGUCAGAUAAGCUGAAGGAAGAAGCCGAGUAGCUGGGAGGACAGAACAGGUGGAGUUUCCCCCACCUGCCGAGAGCAGCCAGAGAGAGAGGACGGAGCCUGCUAGUGGCGGUCUGUGGACUGAGAGGGGCUCCCCGAGGGUCCCAGGGCAGAGCUCACCAUGCUGCUCUGCGUCACCCCGCCUCUCCUGACGGGACUGUCUGCUUGCACUGUGGCAGGUGACAAGGAACUGCCACUUGACGCUGAAGCUGGGUCCUGGGGCACCGUGACCCUGGAGGAAGAUGUUGUGCCCAGCAUUCAGCUCCAGCUCUGGGAAGUGAAGAGGAGCAAAGCGAGCCAGUUUUUUGGACUGAUGGGGAAGCAGGUGGGAGGAAUACCUCCCAUCCAGCCAGAGAGAAGAGCGUAUCAACGAGGACCAGUAGUCCAGGGCCACCUGGGCAGGGGAGGACCAUCUACAGAAGAGGACGAAAAACCCCUUUCUCCCUACCUGGACGUGACAGCCAACCAGCCAGCCUCCGUGUCUCCUGGGCUCAUCGCCAGCAUGUCCCUACCACCAGGCCCUCACUGA